AUGUACAGUAAUAUAAACAUAACCUAAAGAUUUUUUCGUUUUUUAAAAAUACGUUUUUUAGAAAAGUAAAAAAAAUUGAAUAAUAUUUAAAAUUAUUUGUAUAUAUUUAAAAAAUAUAUGAAAUUUAAAUAAUUUAUCGAUUUUGUAAUUUUUGAAUUAUAAAAUUUGCGGAAACGAAUUGGUGGAGUUUUUUUUGAUGCUUCAUUAAAUAUGGAUGAUGAAGAAUGUCUUCAGCCUGUGCUGUCAUCGCAAGAAGAAGCAAAUUUUCAAAAAUUAGACACUGCUAUAUUUGCAUCUGUACCACUUGUUUUUGGGGUGAUUAUUGAAAUAAUAGGAAUCGUAUUCAUAUCAGUAUGGCCAGAGGAACACAAUAAAUGCAACACAUAUUUUAUAUUUUUAUAUUUACAUUGUGGCUACUGGUUUGUGAUAAUGAUAACUGAUUACAUCAUUAAAUUACGACACCAUAAUUUACGUAUCUGCGGUUAUCUUGAUUUUUAUCAAUCGACUUAUCAGCAUAUAAGGACACCGUUAUUUGUAUCAUCGCUAUGGAAUACUAUAUAUUUAUUCCUCGCUGCGAUAUUACACCAUACUCAUAAAAUUAACUAUGAGGAUUAUUGUCGAUCAUCGGAAUGGUUUACGCCGGUUAAUUAUAUUCUUAUGUUAACAACUUUGGAACUUAUGAUCAUUGUUCCUGUCUACAUAAAUUAUAUAAAACGUGUACGUCGUUUUAAUCGCAUGCAACCACCACCCGAUGUGACAAGAGAGGAAUGGCUAUCAUCAUUUACCCAAGAUUCAUUUGCUGGUAAUACAGAAGUCGGUUAUCAUGAACGUGGCUCUAAUUUAUUAGAAUUAUUGGAAAAACAAGCGGACUUAAUAAGGUAUCUACGCGAUCACAAUGUUAAGUUGAGUCACAGAAUGAUGCUACUUGCAUCGCAACGUCAUCAAGCUAUUUAAUUCAUCAAUUAUAAUAAUUGUUUACUCCAAAACAAUCCUGUAUUAUAUUACAUUUUAAAUCAUUUGUCAUUAAAUUAUGACAUGCACAAAAAAGAGAAUUUUUUGGCGCGAAAAACUUUAAAUUCGCUGUAGAAAUCCUUUUUUUCUAUCGGGUCUGCACGAGUCGUAGACGGAAACCGGUCGUGAAAAUAGAGAAUACAGGCCAUAGAUUGUCUAUCGUAAUUAGCAAUAAUUAAUGAGUCUAAGAUCUAGUUUGUAUCUUCCAUUGCUAAUGAUAUUGUUUAGUGAUAUAUUAUUACUAAUUACUAAUUUACUGUAUGCACUUAAUAAUUUGCGAUAAAAUUAAUUACUUGCCAUUGCUGAUAAAUUAAUUGCGUACAAAGUGAAAUUCAAAGUAAAUUUUAUAAAAUAUUUAUACAAUACUCUGCAUGUAAAAUUAAUAAGCUUUGAGGCAUGCUUGUAAUUUAUUUAAAUUUGUAAAUACGUAAUUAAAUUUAUAUUUAUAAAUUAUAUGUAUUAUUUUUGUUUGCAUAUUAAACUUAAGCUCAAGCUAAAGCUAAAAGUGUUAAAUUAUUUAUUUGUGUUACAAAAAAAAUGUUAUAUAGGGUAAAUAGAUAGAUGGAUAUCUACCAAUAGAUGGACGAAUAUUAUUUUAAUAACCGAUUACAUAAAAUUUAGGAAUGAAAAUGUAACAUAAUACAUUUUUUUUAACUAUAUAUAUUUCUGAUGCUAGAAAAUAAUUUUUUUAAAAUUUAAUAUAUGUUAUAAUCAUAAAAAAAAUUAUUUUUAUUUGACGUGACGACGUUUUGCUUGAAAAGCGCCACCUCUACUAAGCAUGUGACAGACAACCGGUAAACUAUAUUUGUUAUAACUCAUAUAAAUAAAUAAUAUAAUAAGAUAUGUUCAUAUGAUUAUGUUCAUAUUUCAUUAACAAUUUUAUUAAUUUAAUAAUUAACUGAUAAAAUUAAAAAAAUUUAAGAAAAUUUGCCGUCCAUCUAUCGGAGACAAAUUUCUAACCUUAACCCAAUAGAUGGACGUUGGAUUUAUCUGGUAAAUUUUCAAUUUUUUUUUUUUUUUCAUAACAUUUAAAUGAAAUUGUUUGUUAACAUAAACUCAUUUAUUUAUUUAUUUUUAAAUAUAAAUAAAAUGUAAGUAAAAUAAUUAAUAAUUUAUAGAUAUUUAUAAAUCAUUAAUUAAUAUUACGUAAUAUAUUAUCAUAUAU